GUCACCGCGCGGCAGGGCGACAUCCGCAGGGCGAUCCGCCGCAAGAGCUCUGACGAGAAGCAGGCGAAGGUGGACUCGGCCAAGAAGCACGAUGGCGACGCUGCAGCUGGCUCGUGGAGGGACUCGUGGACGGACGCGAUACCGCCGCCGUCCAACACGCAGCUUGAAGAGAUG